UUCAGUGGUGGCAUCCGUUUGGUCGUCACAUUUCCCCUCACCAUAGAGAAGAGACCGAAGGAGAGUGGUGCAGAGCUUAAACAAAGUAACAAGGCUCCAUCUGUUCAUUCAACAACCUCUCUUUCUUUCUGUAAAUUUCUUCUACCUCAUUACCAUUAUGGAUCCCAACCCUAACUCCUUCCCAAUCCUCUCUUAUGUCAUGGCCCGCCUUCCUUCUUUCGGACCCAAAUCUUCCGACACCUCCUUCGACGUCGAGCAGCCGCCACCUCGCGCUUCGUCCGACCCCUCUUCCAGUCAAAUACCCAUCGUCUCCCAAUUACCCCACUUAACGGACCCCAAAGUCAUUGCUUCCAUGACUCGCGCCAUCUCCGACGUGGUCCAGACCCGAUCCGUCCUUCAAACCCUCGGCCCUCGUCCUGACCACGAGACCGUUGACACUGCCAGACUCAAACUCUCUGAAAUCGAAUCCAACCUCUCCAAACAGCUCGAAGAAAUUGUCCUCUCUCCCCGGCCGCCUGAAGUCGAUAGGCUUGAAUGGCGCGCGCACUUGGUGGACAAGGAACAUCAGUGUCGACAAGCAGCCGAGAAAGAGAAGAAUUUGUACAAGACGAUAUUGCAAUUGGAGGAGAUGCACGUCUCUUACGAGAAGCUGCUGAAGGCGGCGGAGCAGCGGCUGGUGAAGAUUUAUGAGAAGGCGGAGAUGGGAGAGGAGGAGGAGCUGAAAGAUAAGGAGGAAGUGGACGAGCAGUUGAAUGAAGAGGUUGUGGGAAUACUCCAAGAGGUGUCUGGAAAAGGGUUGGAAAGGAUCGAUUUGUCGAACCGGAGAUUGUUGUUCUUGCCUGAGGCGUUUGGAAGGAUUCGUGGGUUGAGAGUGCUUAAUCUCUCUAAUAAUCAGCUUGAGGUCAUUCCUGACUCAAUAGCUGGGUUAGAAAAUCUCGAGGAGCUCAAUCUUACUUCAAAUCUCUUGGAGGCAUUGCCAGAUUCCAUUGGGUUGCUACAUAACUUGAAAAUUCUAGAUGCCUCCAGCAAUAAGCUAGAGUCUUUACCUGACUCCAUUUCUUAUUGCAGGUCAUUGCUGGAGUUGGAUGUGAGCUUCAACCGUCUUACAUACUUGCCAACUAAUAUUGGAUAUGAGUUGGUGAAUCUUAAGAGGCUGUCAGUCCAGUUGAACAAGAUUCGUUCUCUUCCCACUUCUAUUGGUGAAAUGAGAUCGCUGCAGCAUCUUGAUGCUCACUUCAAUGAGCUUCAGGGCCUUCCACUUUCAAUUGGGAGAUUGACAAAUCUUGAGAUCCUCAACUUGAGCAAUAAUUUUAAUGACCUGACAGAACUCCCUGAUACGUUGGGUGAUUUGACAAACCUCAAGGAACUUGACCUCAGCAAUAACCAGAUUCAAGCUUUACCUGAUACAUUUGGGCGGCUGGAUAAUUUAACCAAAUUGAACUUGGAACAAAAUCCUCUCGUGAUCCCACCAUCAGAAAUAGUGAUGGAAGGGAUUGAAGCUGUGAAGAAUUUCAUGGCUAAGAGGUGGCUUGACAUACUGGUGGAGGAAGAAAGGAAAAGCAUGCUUGAAGUACAAGAACAAGCACAGACUGGAUGGUUGACACGAAGCACAUCCUGGAUGAAGAAUUAUGCUGCAGGUGUUUCUGAAAGUGUUUUAGGAUAUUUAAGUCCAAGAUCUCCCAAGGACGCUUACCUUGAUCAGCAGCUGUAACUUUGUGGCCCUUUGAUAUUUGGGCCGUCCCUUCCUUUCACGGCAUUGUACACAUGAGAAGAGAUUGCUGAUAUGGUUUCUUCUGGUUUUAUUGCAUAUAUUUUCAUUCUUCUUUGCUGCA